UUCUACAAUAGCAAACGUAAAUAUAAUCUCUCACUCAGAAAUAAUUCAAGGCAGAAUCCUGAUUGUAAAAGCUGAAGUACAAGAUUUUAAAUUCAGUUUUAUUAAUAUCUAUGCACCCAAUCAAGGCUCUGAGCGGGAAAGAGUUUUUAAAAUUUUAAACGAAACACUAAGUGGCAUAGACCAGGAGGAAUGUAUUGUGUUGGGUGGAGACUGGAACUGCUGCACAGAUUUGAAGUUAGACAGGACGGGGGUGGAGCCACAUGUUCAGUCAUCUCUGCUUUUAUCUGAGAUCGUAACAAAAGUAGAUCUGGUGGAUGUGUGGAGGUUAAAGCAUCCUUCAGCCCGGCAGUACACCUGGGUCAAAGUUCUAGAUGGAAGGAUCAGUGCAGCCAGGACCAGCGGCCAUGAUGUCUUCCAUCAGAAGCCUGAACCUGCUGCACCUCCUGCUGGGUGUGUUUCUGGUUCAUCCUGAAGGGGGCGUCUGUCUGGAGCUGCUCCCAUCAGCCUCUGAAGUUCUGCUGGUCUCUAACUCCAACUUCACUGUGGUGUGCUCAGGGUGGAGUCAGGUGACAUGGCGGUUACCUCAGGACACUCUGGUAGACGGGGUCGUCGUGGAGACCCGGGGUUCCAGCAGCAUCCUGCAGCUCAGUAACGUCACCUGGAGGAAUUCUGGAAGAUACACCUGUGAGGAGACAUCUUCCUAUCAGAGCAGAGACGUGGACGUGUUUAUACCUGGACAAGGUCCAGAUGAAUGGUUUGUCCCGGUGGGUCCAGGUGUGGUAAUGAAGGAGGUGGAGGAAGUUACCAUCCCCUGUGUCGUGUCCAACCCACAGCUCAGCGUCUUGUUGUUCGAACGUCCCAGCAGGACGCCAGUUACUGGGAUGUACGAGCCGGGCCGUGGCUUCACAGGUCGUCUGAACGACACUUCAUACGUGUGCUUGGCUGCCCACGGAGGUGAGGAGAGAGAGUCCCAGGUGUACUACGUCUUCAGCAUUGUAGUGCCUCAGGUGAUGGAUGUGGACCUGUCUGUCUCCAGCAGUGUGUUGAAACAGGGGGAGGUUCUCAUAGUCAACUGUACAGUUAAAGAUUUAGAGAAUGUUUAUUUCUCCUGGACCUUCCCCCGCAGACAGGAAGUUGAACCUCUUACGGACUUUCUGCCCCAUCAGAUUCGCUCCUUCAUUAACAUCUCCACAACAACAGUGGCAGACUCUGGUGUGUAUGAGUGUGAAGUUCAGGAGACGACACGAGAUCAAAGAGUGACGAAGAAUAUCACAGUCACUGUACUGGAGCGAGGUUAUGUCUACCUGUGGCCAUCAGGUGACACUAGCGUGUCAUCUCUCCUCCACCACACGGUGGCGCUCAAUGUGGAAAUCGAUGCUUACCCUACUCCAACUGUCGUCUGGACCAGAGACAACCAGACUGUUGCCAUGGAAACCACCUCCAUUACAACCACACACCUGACAGGCUGCAGGUAUGUGACCACACUAACGCUGGUUCGAGUCCAGAUGGAUCAGACAGGAAGUUAUACAGCAACUGUUUCCAACGACGAUGGCAUUGAGGAGGUCGUCUUCAACCUCGAGGUCAAAGCACCCCCCAGGAUCACGUCUCUGUCAGAGGUCAGCAGCAAGGCAGUGUUGUGUGUCAGCGAGGGAGCUCCGCCCCCUUCUGUCACUUGGUAUAUAUGUCACAGCUCACACAGAUGCAGUAAUGUGACAGGGGGCUGGAGGAGCCUAUCAGCAGCCUCGGAGGGUGUGUCCCUGCAGGAGAACGUCAGUGAGGUGGAAAGAGGAGUCACCCAGGUUCACAGUAAGUUGACUCUACAGGCUCUCACCUCUCUGUCAGCUGUUCGAUGUGAAGUAAAAAACUCGGGAGGACGACGUGUCAGAGACCUGAGAGUCCUGUCGCCCUCUCUCCUGUCUCAGGUUGCUGUAUUAGCAGCAGUUCUGGUUUUGGUCAUCAUCGCUGUCUUCUUCCUAAUCGUCCUCAUCGUCCUCUGGAGAAAAAAACCUCGGUAUGAAGUUCGUUGGAAGGUGAUCGAGUCUGUGAGUCCUGAUGGACAGCAGUACACCUACCUUGACCCCUCCCACCUGCCCUACAACGCUUUCUGGGAAAUACCACGAGAAAACAUAGUACUAGGUCAGGUGUUGGGUUCAGGUGCGUUCGGUAAAGUCGUUGAAGGAAAAGUUUCUGAUUUGAUUGAUUCUAAUUCUACGACUAAAGCAGCCAUGAAGAUGCUCAAGAAAAACAGUGGAGCGGUUCAGUCUUUGAUGUCCGAGUUGAAGGUUCUCGUUCAUCUCGGUCCUCAUAUGAACAUUGUCAACCUGCUGGGAGCGUGCACGAGAGGAGGACCUGUCUAUCUGAUCACUGAGUUCUGUCGUCAUGGAGACUUGGUUAACUUCCUGCAGAGAAACAAACACAACUUCUUGCUGAGUGACCCACACAACAAGAGUGACAGUGAUGGAGGUUAUAUGGACAUGAAUAAAGAGAGAGGGAGCGCUCAGAACGUCGCCAUGAACGAUCUUAGCUACGCUGACAUCGAACUGGCGCCCAACGAGUCGCCACACGAGUCGCCGCACGAGUCGCCGCACGAGUCGCCGUACACAGCACCAGACCAGCAGGAGGCGUCCUCUCUGCUCCUCAAUGACCCUCCUCUCCUAAGCCUCAAUGACCUCCUGAGCUUCUCUUACCAGAUCUCUCAAGCCAUGGACUUCCUCUCCAGCAGAAACUGCGUCCACAGAGACCUGGCAGCAAGGAACGUCCUGGUCUGUGAGGGAGAGCUGGUGAAGGUCUGUGACUUUGGUUUGGCGCGGGACCCGAUGAAGGACCAAGACUACAUCGCCAGAGGAAACAGCUUCCUGCCGCUCAAGUGGAUGUCUCCAGAGAGCAUCUUCCAGAGCAUCUACAGCUGCCAGAGCGACGUGUGGUCCUACGGAGUCUUACUGUGGGAGAUCUUCUCUCUGGGUGAGAGCCCGUACCCCGACCUCCCCGUGACCCGAGAGUUUUACUCUGCUCUGAAGAGAGGACACAGGAUGAGCAGACCUGAACACGCUCCGCAUCACAUCUUCCAGCUGAUGACACGUUGCUGGGAGGUGGAGCCUCAGCUAAGACCGUCCUUCUCUUCUCUCAUCGUCUCCGUUGGAAGCUUGUUGUCUGAAGAACACAACAAGCGUUACAUCCGGCUCACAGAGAACUUCCUGAAAGAUCCAGCUGUUGUUCGAUCAAGACAGAGUCUAAUCAGAUCUGCUGAGGACCAGACAGACACACAAGGAAGCCCCGCCCUUCCUGUGAAACGUCACAUGUCAGAAGCGGGGCCGGAGGAGGCGGGCCCCUCCCACGGUACUUACAUCAUCCCCAUCUCUGACAUCACCAUAGCAACAAGUGGCAGCGCUGCGCUGGACGCAGCCAGCCUCCAUCGCUCAGAUACACCCCAACCACAGGAAGUGACAUCAUCAGAGGGUAAACAGGAAGCUGAAGAGCCGUCUUCCUGCAGUCGUCAGGAAGAGGAGGAGAGCUGCCUGUGAGGCUUCUGAUGCCUGACAGACAGAGCAGAGGGUUAAAAACCACCAUCUCUCAAUCCCAGAUGUUUUACCAGCUGUUCUUCCUGCAUUCAGCAUCUGGAACUGUUUCUUUUAUUCUGGAUGUUUGUUCUGCUCAGAUUUUUAUUAUACAACAGUUUGAUCCUCGGCUCUGCUGUCAGUCAAACUGUCUAUGUAGGUGAUUGGUCAUUUGUAGUAAACCCCGCCCCUUUUAUGUGCAUGCGCUAUCUAGAGGAAAACCUGAGUUAAUUUAAGUAGUUGAUAACCAGCGUCAUGUGACCGUUUAGCCAGACUGUGUUUGUUGGGUGAAGUCGAGCCGCAUUACGUAAAGUUGUCCUGGAUGUAUAACACGCUUCGUAGAACAGGCGCCUGGAGUUCAUCACACCUGUGUCAGGUGAUGUGAUCAGGUGUGAACAGCAGGUGUGAGGCAGGUCCUGGAUCAGAUCUGAACUUGUUUUAUUCUUCAAUUAUCCUGUAUCAAGUUUUCAUAUUAACUGAAUAUUUUAAUUAAACAAGAAGAAACAAA